UGCGCGUGCCUCCCGUGCGUUAAAAUCCUUCGGUCAGUAGCGCGGCAACAAUCGUACGUACUACAAGUGCGAUAUCGAUAUGAGUAGAAGGUGUAACGUGCCGCGUGCGAAAAGUUUUUAAAAGUAUUGCGCCCUAAGUUUCGCGGGUUUUUUCUCGUUUCUUUUCUUUUUUUUUUCUCCGAUUUUGUUUUUUAAAUUCUUUUUUUUUUUUUUUUUUCUUUCUCUCAUCUAAGUUGUUUAAUAUUUUUUUUUCUUUUUUCUUUUUUUUGCACUUAUUUAUUCAACGCGACAAGCUAUUCGGCGCAAUGUCGCUGCAGCGUUGAUUUACGUUGGAGGUGGAUGAAAAUUUUAAAGGAGACGAGCAAGCGGAACGGAGCAAGGGAGAAUAAAUAAAAAUAGAAAAGAAGAAACAGCAAGUCGCGAAACAGCGAACGAUGAACGUGCACACCCCACGCAGCGUGUGAAAGUGGAAAAAGAAGUUUCUUAAAGAUUGUCCAAUCUGAAAUUAAUAAAUAAGUAAUUGUAAUUGAAAGUGGAGUUUAGUCGUGGAUAAAUUAACGCGUGAGGUAACGUUAUGCUUGUAAUACGGAUUUAAAGCGCAGUGUGACAGUUGUCGUUGUACGUGAUCGAAUUUCGGAAUAAUUAUCGUAUCUAAGCAAUGAGGUAACGAAGAAUUGGCAAAAUGUUUCAAAGUCCAGGGCGUGUUUUAUGCCUUCUGGCCGUCUGCACGACGCUGCAACUGGGCAAUGGUGAUCAGUGCUUAACGAGGCCUAUAUUUGAAAAGGUGACGGCGAAGCGGAUCGUCCAAUUGGAAGGAAAAACUUUGGACAUCAGAUUCGAAUUAUCGAGACGAGUAACGCAGCGUUUGGUAUCCAGAGUAAUGAAAAUAUUCCUAACCGAGGUACUUGGUUACUCGGCCGUUUCGUUAGUGGAAAUAGAUGAUAAUUUUAACGCAGAGGAGGUUAUUUCGAGACUAUCGGACGGCCAACAUCCUCAAAGCAUAAUACCAGAAACAAUGGUGAACAUGGAAGUGUGGCUUCCAGUGCAAUUGGACAUGGCAUUUUACAUGGAGUACUACGACGUUAAGGAUUGCGGUUUCGUCGCACCACCGGGCUACUUCGGAUGGUUCGUGCCGCGAAAAUUGUGGAGAUCGGACCGGAUGUCAAGCAGCUGGGAGAUGUUCGCGAAUACCGAGAGAGCGUCAGAUUUUCAACCGGAUGACGAGAUCCUCGAGGAGAUAAAAAGGGCGACACUGAAACCGGGAUCCGAUAACCAGCACUACUGCACCGAGAAGGACAACUGUCGGGAUGGAUUUUACGUGCCGGAACGAUGCCGGAAAACGAGCAGUGCCGAUAUAGCGAACACGUCGCUCAGCAAUAACGAGGUGCGGGAUGUGAGGGAGAGUUGCGCCCUGCUGCUGACGAGCGAUCCGGACGCGACGGGUUUCGUCAAGGACGACGUAGACCGUCUGAAACUGUACGUCAUGGUCGCCUGGGUUGGUCCGCGUUUGAAGAACCUUACCGAAUGGAUAACGGAUCGAUACGCGGCCUCUAGAUCCAACAGAUCGCUGGUCAUACUCCACUGGAAUCCGAGCGACCUUGUGCCGAGCGAUCGGGACUUCGUUUCGGUUGAUUUUCCGCGAUGCGACUUGAACGGCGAGAGGUGUCCCUACGGUUCGAAGAGACUGACGAAGCUGGUCUGGGCCAAGCUUGAAAAGAUAGCGAAACUCGCUUACCAGACGAUAACGAAGGUGUACUUCACCGGUAGCAUGUACCAGGAGCUGAUCGGCGGUUACAACAACGACACGUCCGAGGAGAAGGUCGCCUGCGAUUGGCUUGACAAAAAUUUGGAGUGGACGUUGAAGAACUGGAGGUCCGAAGACAGGGACAAGAGCGUCCUCACCAUAGGGGGUAUCUUUCCGAUGACCGGCUCGUCCUACAAGGCUAAAUCGAUCCUGGUAGCGGCGGACAUGGCGAGGGAUUCCGUCAACUCCAACAACACUGUCCUCAAGGACUACAGCCUCGAGCUCCUGGCUCGCGACGGACAGUGCAAGUCGGACAUGGUCAUGAAGUCGUUCAUCGACUACAUCGUUUACCAGUACAAGACGCUGAUCGGGAUUCUGGGUCCGGCGUGCUCGGAAACGCUCGAACCACUGAUCGGGAUCUCGAAGCAGUACAGCACCAUGAUAGUCAGCUACAGCGCGGAGGGUUCGAGCUUCGACGACAGGGAGAGCUAUCCGUACUUCUUCCGCACCAUUGGCGAGAACAAGCAGUACAAACACGUCUACCUUCAGCUGUUGAAGAAGAUGGGAUGGCGAAGGGUAGCCGCUCUGACUGAGGACGGUCAGAAGUACACCGAGUACAUAUCUCACAUGCAGGAUUUUCUACAGGAGAACGGAAUCACGUUUGUCGACAAUGCUAAAUACCCGAGGGAUAGGGACAUCGACGUUAUGCGGAGGUAUUUGGAUAACCUGAAGAAGAAACGAGCGAGAAUUAUUAUAGCCGACGUUUACGACGAAGUCGCGAGGCAAGUGAUGUGCGAGGCUUACAAGUUGGAAAUGACCGCCUAUCAAGGUUACGUCUGGUUCCUUCCGUUGUGGCUACUGCCGGGUUGGUACGAGACGGAGCGUUACAACGCGGAGGGUGAAACGGUGCCGUGUUCGAACGCAGAAAUGGCAGAAGCGGUGAACGGCUACCUGGGAAUAACGCACUCCUUCUGGGCUCCGGACGACGAGACGAUGCAGGAAAACAUAACGGUGAAAGAAUGGCGACAGAGUUACGAGGCGAAGUGCCAGGAGCAGAAUCUCCUGCCGUCGGAUUACGCCGGUUACGCCUACGACGCGACCUGGACCUACGCCUACGCGAUGGACCAGCUGCUGGCAGAGAACGAGAGCUACGUCUUCGCUCUUCACCACGAACAAACGGCGAACAGACUCAGGGACAUAAUAAGCCGAACGGACUUCUACGGAGUGUCGGGACGGAUAAAGUUCCUGGGGGGAGCCUCGCGGAUAUCCGUCGUUGAAAUCGUUCAGCACGUCAAUAACGAGACGAAGAAAAUCGGCCUGUUUCAUCCCAACGUAUCGGACACUCACAACGAAGUCGUUGGCGGUCGUUUGGACCUCAACAUGUCCGCGAUAGUAUGGCUUACCGGGGAAAAACCGAACGACGGAUCUUUGAAGCCUGACAAAUGCGUGUUCUCCGGUAUAGCUGAACUUCUCGACGUGACCUGCGAAGUCGCCAUCGUCAUCGUAAACAUCAUCGGUUUCGGUUGUCUCGGGGUUUUGCUGAUCGUCGGUUUCGUUAUGAUCAAGAGAAAAUACGACGAAAAAGUUCGUCUGCACGAGAGGUACAUGAAAUCGCUUGGUAUCGACUUGCUGCAAACGGACACAGCUGGUCUGGACAAGUGGGAAAUACCGCGUGAAUGUGUCGUGAUAAAUCGGAAGCUCGGCGAGGGAGCUUUCGGCACUGUUUACGGAGGCGAAGCUUUCUUUGCGGAAAAGGGAUGGCUCGCCGUGGCGGUGAAGACGUUGAAAGUUGGAAGUUCGACCGAAGAGAAAUUGGACUUUCUGAGCGAGGUCGAAGUGAUGAAGCGUUUCGAGCACAAGAACAUCAUCAAACUUCUCGGCGUCUGUAUUAAAUGCGAACCGGUUUACACGGUUAUGGAAUUCAUGCUAUACGGCGAUUUGAAAACCUAUCUCUUGGCCAGGCGGCACCUCGUCAACGAUCGCAAUUACGAAGAAUCCGACGAAAUAUCUAGCAAAAAAUUAACAGCUAUGGCUCUCGAUGUGGCAAGAGCUCUCAGCUAUUUGGCUCAGCUCAAAUACGUUCACAGAGACAUAGCAUCGCGCAACUGUCUGGUGAAUGCUCAGCGUGUGGUAAAAUUAGGUGACUUUGGUAUGACUAGACCAAUGUACGAGAACGACUACUACAAAUUCAACAGAAAAGGAAUGCUACCGGUGAGAUGGAUGGCCCCCGAAUCUCUGGGACUGGGAAUAUUCACACCGGCAUCCGACGUCUGGUCCUACGGUGUUCUACUCUACGAAAUAAUAACCUUCGGAAGUUUUCCCUUCCAAGGAUUGAGCAACAACGAGGUCCUGGAGCACGUAAAGACGGGAAACACGAUAGCCAUUCCAUCGGGAAUAAAGGCCCCCCUGGAAAACCUUAUACGUUCCUGCUGGAAAAUCGAUCACAAGUUGCGACCAAACGCGCCGGAAAUCGUCGAUUUCCUCGCGACGAAUCCGCGGCUGUUAUCGCCGUGCCUCGACGUCCCCUUGGCGAGUGUGCAGCUCGAGCAUACGGGUCAGGUCGACAUUCAGCUGCCGGAAAAGUUCCGUAAAUUUUCCGUAUCGAUGAGAAGAUCCUCGCAGAGCGCGGCUUCGCCGAGAAUGGUGGCUACUUCGAUCGUGAGUUCCGGAACGCCGCUGAUCCGGGGAAUCGAAGACGACGACAGGACGAUCGGAAGAGGGCGAGAAUUGAAUCGCGACAGUUUCAUAAGCGCGAGAUCGUCCGCAUUUGGAAACACGGCGCAAACGGCGGGGGAAAGUUCGAGCCCUUUGCUGUCGACGAAUAGCGGCGGACUUCCGGUCGUCGAUAACUCCGAUUCCGAUCAGGCAUCCAAAUACCUCGAACUCCAGCGUUUCGUGAGCGGCGGCGGCGGCGGCGGCGGAAAAUCCACGGACACUGGUAGUAAAAUUUCGGCUAGGUACGUCAACAUGCGACCGGGAAUGGACGCGGAAAUUAACGCCUGCGACGAAAGCUUUGAUCGGGGAAACGUUUUCUCGACGAUGACAAAAACUCCUGGAGCUCGAGCCAACGGCGACGUUGCCGAGGGGCAUGACCCCCUAAUUCAACGCGCACCUUUCCUCUGACGUCACAACCGUGUUACGUCACAUUGUGUGCGGGAUUACGAACCUUCGAUUAAACCAGUGAAACGCCUUUUCUUAGCCUAAAAUAUCCACAGUUGUGUGCGAUAUACGCAAGGCUUACGAAAUGUGCAAACAUGCGUAUAUACGCAGUAUAAGGUGCGCGUAUCCGUCACGCCGCUAAUCACGCCGCUAAGGUGCAUUACAUUUGACAAUUAAGGUACGGUGUUUGACCGGGAAGAAAUUGAGGUGUUGCAUAACAAGAAUGAUAAAUUAGAAUGCGAGUUACCUAUGAAACGUGAAAACAAUCUGCAGCCGAGAAAUACUUUUCUUUUUUCACUCUUUGUCGGUAUCCGAUUACAGGAAACAAGAUUUUCCAUCAAUAUAAAGAUCACCGAGAACAAAGCUACGAUGUUAAAUUUCUGUAUCCCUCGAAAUAAUCUUUGUACAAAAUCAAAUUAUUUCAGAGGGUUAUUCAACUUCCGAGAAAUAACUCUUCCGACUUGAGAGGUUUUGACGAGUGUACAGGUAUACAACAAUUUUCACAGUAUUUAUUUACUUGUUUGAGACAAAUAUUGACCCCUGUAAAAUUAGUAUCUCAAACCCUUGGUAGAACUUCUUCUCUACGGUCUGGGGAAAAAGAAAGACAGAUUUCGAAACGAACUUUUUCAAUCCUUUCCUUAUUGUAUAAAACGAUUGCCUCAUACUUUGGAAAGGAAAAAAUUGCGUCCCGUAUUUUUGAAGAAGAAUCCUCACUUCGAAUUCACAACUUUCGUAUCAAAUAACGAACUUUGGCAAUACUUUAAACAUACUCAUAUUAUGACGGAUAUAAUUAUAUUAUAGAGAUUCAAUUUCAUCGGGCUAAUUGUGCCUGAAUGAGAGAAAACGUUGUUCCUUCUCAUAACAGUCAUCGUAUAACAUUCCGUAAAGCAUAUAACAAUAUAAAAUAAGCAAUUGUAACGAAUAAAUUUUGAGAAUUGAAGUAGAAUUUCAAUUCGUGAUACGCACGAGGUUUGAUUAACGAAUUGACUUCCACGAACUUUUUAUAUUGCUAGUACUUUUCAUCUAACAAUUGUCCACAUUCUUCGCUGACUUGUAUCCCCCAACCCCGUUACUUUUCUUCAUUUCAGAGAGCUUAUUAUUUAUUGCUCACACGUUACAUACGAAUCAUUGUCCAUAUAAUACGCCAAUAAACAUCAAGUCGGGAAAAAUGUGGAAAAUUGGAUAAACACGCAACUUUGCGACUAUACUUAUAUACUACCUCAAUCGUGUGAAGUUGAUUUACCCACGUGUAUAUCUAUGUUUAAAAAACAUGUCUGCUAUCGCUGCAGGAGAUAUUAUAUUCCCGGAAAUGCGUACUGUAGAAAAAAAACCAUCCGAAUAAACUAUGUAACAAAGACUAACGAGAAAAUGAAUAAGUGUGGAAU